CGCACCUUUCAGUUGUAAACAUGGCGCUUAACCUGGUCGUCAAGGUUCAUCCUGUGGUACUUUUCCAAAUCGUGGACGCUUUCGAGCGUCGCAACGCCGAUACGCACCGUGUAAUUGGAACUCUGUUAGGUAGCCAAGACAAAGGUGUUAUUGAGGUAACAAAUUGCUUCUGUGUACCACACAAGGAGCACAAUGACCAGGUGGAAGCUGAGCUGAGCUACGCCAGCGAUGUGUACGAUCUGAACCGUCGCGUGAACUCUUCAGAGAACAUCGUGGGAUGGUGGGCGACAGGCAAUGAAGUGACCAACCACAGUUCCGUGAUCCACGAGUACUACUCCAGAGAAUGCAACAGCCCGGUGCACGUCACGCUCGACACCAGUUUGCAGGGCGCCAGGAUGGGCUUGAAAGCGUACGUGAGCGUAAACUUCGGAGUCCCGAACGGCAAGCAAGGUUGCAUGUUCACCCCGAUCAACGUGGAGGUCUCGUGCUACGAUCCUGAGGUCUUCGGUCUUCAACUCUGCCAAAAGACCAUCAGCAGCAGCAGACCCAGGACGGUGAAUCCGAUGCUGGACUUCUCGCAGGUGGAGGAAGCCGGCGGCAAGAUGGGUGUUCUUUUGGAUCAGGUGCUCGCUUACGUUGAGGAUGUCUUGGCGAACAGGGUGACUCCGGACAACGCAGUCGGUAGGUCUCUCCUCGAUCUGGUCAACUCCGUGCCGCACAUGAACAACGAGCAAUUCUCCGAGAUGUUCAACAGCAACAUCAAGGAUCUGCUCAUGGUCAUCUCGCUCUCGCAACUGCUCAAGACUCAGCUGCAGCUCAACGAGAAGCUCACCCUCCUCACCUCUGUUUGAUAACGGUUUCCACAGUUUCACUUUUAUAAUAUGAUUAGUUUAAUAUAAGAGAAAAUAAUUUCAAAUAAACAUAACACCUGUUUCCAUCAAAAAAAAAGAAAACAUUU